AUGCGAUUUCGCGAGGACCAAAUCGCUAUUUCUGCCGACAUUGAAGCAAUGUUCAUGCAGGUCUUCGUGAGCCCAGAGUACCAGCCGUAUUUGCGAUUUCUGUGGAAGGACAACACGGGCCAACCCGCAACCUUCCAAUACACCCGCCACAUCUUCAGAGCUACCGACUCACCAUGUGUUGCCUGCUACGUCACUCGACAAUGUGCGAAGGACAAUGCCGACAAAUAUCCAGCCUUGGAGCAAAUCACAAAACGCAACAUAUACAUGGACGACCUAUACAAAGCCGUUUCAACACCGACGGAAGCGACACAGUUAAUGAACGACCUUCAAAAGAUGUUCAGCCUUGGAGGUUUCAACCUCACAAAAUGGACCUCAAACUCUCAACAAUUCCUCACAACAGUCAACGAGAACCACCCGGAAAAGAGCGACAGCCUCACCAAGAAGGAACGACCCCUCGAAAGAGUUCUUGCAGUGAAAUGGAAACCAGACACGGACGUCUUUCUUGUGGAAGCAAAGAAGUUUCACGCCAUUGACAAGAAGGACUUAACGCAGCGCAAACUAUUGAAGUUUGCUUCUCCAAUCUUUGACCCGCUUGGAAUUACGAUGCCACUGACAAUUCGACUACGACAAUCACUUCAACUUGCCUGGAGUAAUGGACCUCAAUGGGACAAACCUCUAAACAUGGAGCAUUUAACAGACCUCAACGAUUGGAUAGACAAGCGAAGCCAAUUCAACGACAUCUGCCUGCCCCGGAUUUACUUCAAACCAGAAACGAAGAUACUGGAAACCCAACUCCAUGUAUUCAGCAACGCCUCCGAACUUGCCUUAGCAUCAGUUGCUUACCUCAGAAUCAGAUACGACGACAACACAACGGAACUCAAGUUCGUCAUUGGAAAAGCCCGAGUAGCACCCAUCAGCAGAAUGACAAUUCCAAAUCUCGAGCUUCAAGCCGCCACUAACGGAGCUAAACUGUCUCGUUUUAUCAAAGAACAACAUGACAUACGAAUCGACAGUACGACACUAUGGACAGAUAGAACAACAGUUCUUCAUUGGAUAAACUCGCCGAAUCAACGACACCGGAUCUUCAUCGCCAACCGCCUGAAUUUCAUCAUGGACUCAACAUCUUCACUGGACUGGAGAUACGUGCCCAGCAAAGACAACCCUGCAGACGACGGAACACGUGGUUACAAAGCAUGUGACAUGACUACCGAUUCACGAUGGAUCAAAGGACCAGACUUCUUGUUAAGACCAUCAUCAGAUUGGCCUAAUCACCCGCUUACACAACCUACAGCCGAUAUUCAUCUGACAGACAACGACCAACAACCGCCAACAUCAGUAAUCGACUUCAACCGAUUUAGCACUUGGACAAGAGCACUCAGAGUUACUUCAUAUGUUCUUCUCUUCGCAAAAAACAUCAAAAAGAAGACACACCAGAGCCUCUCACUUCAUCACCUCACCUUAGGAUUCGCAUGGAUCAUUAAACACUCACAGAAUCAAUCAUUCCCCAAAGAAAUAGCAUGCCUGACAAAGAAAUCUGACAUUCCACCCCGCAGCCCUCUACAUCCUCUUUGCCCCUUCAUCGACGAUCACGGAUACUUGCGUGCCAAAGGACGACUACAGUAA